UGAAUUGUUACCGAUAGCCCGUCGUCCUGACCGCUUCAGUUGCCAGAGUAGAUACAAUUGACAAUUUUGCUCUUUAACUAUAUAUUACGGCGGCGCGAGGUAUCGCAUAUGUUUGCCACAAGUCGCCAGUACCUUCUCAUGAAGCAAACCUGCACAUUGACCCCUCUUACUGAAUUCCAUCACAUGGUCAAUUAAUCGAUAUAGCACCAAUCAGUUCGCGCGGCUGCGAGGAAUUGCUAGCCUGGGCUAUGGUGCAAUCCUCGCCUACACCUUAAGCUGCGCUUGCGGUCUCCAACAAGCCCCUGCUUUGAAACGGACCAUUUCGAAGAUACCCCUUCACAACAUGCGGCUGACGGCAAGACACCGUGCGAUACGUGCCCGGGCCGGAAGCCAUCGCGUCCGCAGCGGCACAUGCCUUACUCCAACCCUUUCCGUCACCGUCGCAACCGUUACCGCCUCAGCGGCAGCAGUGAAAACAAGCUCAGCUCUUUCAAUGAUUUAUCCUCCAGCCCAUCGGGUGACCGUUGCCACAGCCGCUGCUGCCACCAGCCCUGCCGAUUCAGCUGCCCAUGCUGCCAGCCCACUCGCCCCCAGGAGCGUCAGUGGUGGCGCAAGGGGGCUUGCACCAAAAAUACCGUGUUCUGUAGGAGGAUGGCAUAGGACGGUGUUUGGCAGGGACGUAGCAGCGGCAGCUAGAGGAGUGUUAUCUGCUCAAGCCUCUGUAGCGGACCUGUCCGCAAUGAAGGUUUCGGAGCUACAAGCGGCGCUGCAAGCCCGGGGUCUGCCGCGAUCCGGCCGUAAAUCGGACCUAAUCGAACGGUUGCUAGCAGCGGAAGCGCAAGCCGGAGGUGCUACCUCCAUUGCUGCUGUGGGGCUUAGUGGUGGUCAUGGCGCCGACGAAGGCGUUGGUGAAGGCAGCGCUAGCAGCAGCAGUAGCAGCCAGAGCAGGGAUGCAUGCGCCGAGGCGACGGAGCCAACGGCAGUUGCAGCGGCGGUGGCUCCCGGCGUCGUACGGCGGGGUCGGCGGCGGCUGCCGACUUCCGUACAAGCAGUUCCUCCUCUCCCUCCUCCCUCCCACUCGGUACCCCUGCCCAGGGGAGUAGGAACAGGAAGCGGCGGCGGGGGGCACGGAGGGGAUGGCGGAAGUGGCGGCGACACGUUCCUGAAUGACCUGUUCGGAACUCUGGACCUCAAUAUUGUGGUCAAGGAGCGUGCGCCGCCCCAGCCAACCACAACAACCACAGGAAAAACUACAACUACAACUACUACCCGUCACAACCCCCAACCUCACCCCCGCCAAGCCACCGCCAGCAGCCGCAGUUCCCCCUCCUCAGGCGCCGAGGAGGAGCAGGAGGUGAAGGGGAGGGAGGUGAAAAGGGCAGAGGAGAAGGGCGCCGUUGCCCCACGCCGUACGGCAGCUGUGACUAGUACGGCAGCUGGAGCCGCCGCCACCACCGCCGCCGCCUCCACUUCCGCCGCCGCCAGUGUUUUGGAUGCACUUCGUCAGCGGCUGCGGGGCCAGCAGGCGCCACCUGCCGUUCACAGCAGCGGCAGCGGUGGGAAGCAGCAGGAGGAGGAGGAGGCAGGAUGGCGGCUCACAGGACAGCAGCAGCGGAGGCAGCGGCGCGAGCCGUCAUCAUCUCCUAGGCGUGACGAAGCGGAAGGAGGAGCGGAGGGAGGAGCGGAAGGAGGAGCGGAGGGAGGAGCGGAAGGAGGAGCGCAAGCAGCGGCAGCGGAAGCAGUACCUCCGCUGCCUAGGCGGAGAAGCAGGAAGGAGGUGGCGGUGGAGGAGGCGGAGGAGGAGGUUGGCCAGGAAGAGGAGAAAGAGACAGGACCCCCACCGAGGACAAGUGCAGCAGCAGCACCACCACCACCCUCAUCAUCAGACUCGCCUCCUGCGACUAGCAGGUCUGUGCCCUCCUCCUCCUCCUCCCCGCCCUCGCCCUCCUCACCCCCUUCUCCAUCCUCCUCCGCCUCUUCGGAUUCUCCUGGCUCCUCUUCGCCCCCUACGCUACCCGCACAGCAGGAGGGUGGGGAGCCGGGCCCACCCAACCCUGAGGACCUACCGCCCUGGCCGCCCAUGUACAUGGGUCAGCUACACCGCGUGACGGAUCUCGCCCCGGGAGACCCGGAUGCGCAGGAGGAGCUGCUGCUGUCCAACGUGCCGGGUUUGGCCCUCACCGCGCUGGGUACGGCUGCCGUACACGCCACUGCGGGCAGCGCCCUUGGCGGACUGGCGCUGGCGAGGGGGAAGGAGAUCCUGCUGUUUGAUGCGGGUGAUGACACGCAGCGCCAGCUCGCCCGCUCCUACCACACCAAGCCCUCCAAGAUCUACCGCAUCUUCCUCACUAGCCUGCAACCGGAAAGCGUGUUGGGCUUGCCGGGCCUGCUGUGCGUCAUUAACCAAGCCCGGGAGAGGGGGCACGAAUUGGCAGACAUUCCCGUACACAUUUACGGCCCGCGUGGUACGGCAGACUACCUGUCAACCGUCAUGCGCGUUAGUCAGACCUAUCUGGAGAUCACCCUUGUCGUACAUGAGGUGUGUCUGGCCGCUGUUCCACCCUCCGCCUCCGAGCCGCAGCUCUUCGCCUCGCGCUGCCGCAUCUGGCGAGUGGAGCUGCCGCCCGACCAGCUGAACCCCGCCGGGGGGGUGGACGCAUCGCUGCUGCUCUUCGCACCGGACCAGGGUCGCAGCCAGCGCAAGAGGGGUCGUAACGCUGCGGGUGGGGUGCUGGGCAUCGACCCGCGAGCCGGCUACCUGGGCUGGCCGCCACUGACACCCGGGGACCCGGACAGGCCCGACCCUCCCCCCCUGGAUCAGCUCACCUGGACCCUGCAGCUGGACCCGUCAGCUCGGGUGGUCAUCACCUGCCUGCCAGCGGGGCCAGGAGGAGAGGGCUCUGAAACCACAUUGGCCUACACUGUCGUGGAGGCGGACCGCGCGGGUGGUCUCAGUGUGGAGCGCGCUGCUGCUGCGGGGCUGCCAGGGGGAGCUCAGUUUUCCAGGCUCAAGGCGGGGGAGACUGUAACCAACAAGUGGGGUGCCCCCGUGCCUCCCUCCCUGGUCAUUUCCCCCACCCGCCCCGGCCGGCGCGUGGUGGUGCUGGGUGCCACAUGCGCCCCGCAGCAGCUGCUGCGGAGUCCGGCAGCGGCGCGGCUCGUGAGGGGGGCGGACGUGGUGGUGGCGGGGCCGCUGUGGACGGAGGACGACGCCGACAUGGCGGCUGAGGCGGGUGGUUGUACGGCAGCCGCAUUUGGUCGCGUCGUACGACAACUGGAUGUACGGUACGUGCUGCUCAGCCGCUUCGACGGCCGCCGACUGGAGCAGGAAGAGGAGGAGGAGGAAGGAGGAGGAGGAGAGCAAGGAAGCGCAAGGAAUGGUGAAGGGAAUGAGGCGUCAGCGUCGACGUCGGGGGUAACGGGUUAUCGUGCGAGGGUGGCAGCAGAGCUUCUGGCUGCAGCAACAGCUGUGGAGGAAGAGGAGGAGGAGGAGGAUGGCGGGCCUGCAUUGACAAGGAAGAGGGCUGGUAGCAGCAAGAGAAAGAGCAAGACGGGUAACAAGCGACUGGGAAAGAGCGAGAGCGGGUCUGAGGAAGACAUUAACGGCGGUGAUGGUGGUGGUGAAGAGGAGGGGGGGCAAGGCGUACGGCGGCGGCUGCGCGGGGUGCUGGUGUUGCAGGAGCUGGAGAGUGUGUUGGUGGAUAAGAAUGAGGGACCGCAGGAGCGGCCAGAGGGGCAGUAGUAGCGGCGAGGGAGGCUGGACCGCAGGAGCGGCCAGAGGGGCAGCAAUAGAGGCGAAGGAGGCUGGACCGCAGGAGCGGCCAGAGGGGCAGUAGUAGCGGCGAAGGAGGCUGGACCGCAGGAGCGGCCAGAGGGGCAGUAGUAGCGGCGAGGGAGCCGCGAUUCAAGCAAGCCGCGAUGGAACCAGGACCAUAGAAUGUGGCGCGGGAGGCUAAACUAGCAAGGAAAGCAACAGGAGCGUGGCAGUGCUGCUAACAACAGCGACAAGGGACGGAUGGGAGGCUAAGUGCUACUGCCGCCCUUUG